GAGGAAAGAAACAAGGGUGCCAACAGUUAUCAGUGAGUGAGUGUACCAACUCUGCACUUUGGUCAAAGUCUUUUUGACUGCUUACUUUCUAUUUUAAAAAACCAUUACAGCAGCCCUGUUUAUAAAAAUCUGGGCCAUAGCACUAGGUGAUUUCCAGAGAAAAGUGUGCAUCUGCAGAAUAAAUAUGACUACGUAAGAGCGUGUCUUCUUCGUACGUGUGUGAAUCCCCCGCUUGCUGCUUUCAAAGAGUCAAAAGUGUGUGUAUUUCCUGUUCCCAAUCUGUGCAUAGUCUGGGGCUAACAUAAGGAUGAUGUUGCGGUUACUCCUUCUGGCUUUGCUUCUCACGGUCAAGGCUGAUAAGUUAGACAGUGAUGGUUCAGGAGAUGGAUUCCAAGAUGAUGAUGAGGAACAAGGUGAUGAACAAGAAAUACAAUUUGGACAACAUGCUUCAGUCAAAAAUGACCGAGAAGACGUAGACAAUGAAGAGGGAAACAUCACAUUCAUUAUCAUAGCAGCAGUGAGUGUGGUCGCCCUGACCAUUGUGGCUGUAAUAGCCGUAGUUCUCUUCAGACGUCAUUUGAAGAGACGGGAACAAGGUGUGUACAGUGUACCAGUGGAGCAGGGCCAGAAAGGUGUCUAAACUUGCAGUUCUUCACUUUUGCUUCUGGGAUCUCAUCAGGGACACGUUGACACAAAAAGAGCUCCAUAAAAAACACACUGUCAUCUCUAGCCAUCUCCUCUGUCCCACUUGCCCACUAAUGCCUGCUGAAAAACCCCUUCAUUACUCGGCCUGCCAUUAUCCCAAAGCAGGCCUUUUUUUUUUCUUACUGUCAUCACAUUUUACUUGUUUUCAGAUGAAUUGAUCUUAAAUGAAUGCAUUCUUUUGUUGUAAUGCCAUGGACCAAAGAAUGAUUUCUGCACCAUUGAUACCAUUUGUUUCUAAUAGGGACAAGGAGUGUUUUUUUUUGUUUGUUUAAAACCCACAAACGUCUCUUAUGUGCUAUUUGCUGCAGUGCACCCCUCGUGAUUCUUUAUCUGGUCCAAAUCAGAUGCACUUUAAACACCUGUGGUUAGUCAGAGCAAUCAGAUAAACUUCCUGCAAAUUUUUCCAUUUAUGGCAAGGCAGUUUUCUGCAUACUUUCCAACUGCCAUCAUGUAGAAUCUCAGGCAUUCAAGGGUGAUGGAAAAAAACAGAAACUUUGUUUCAUGUGUAGGGCUGGCCUGGCUUUAGUAAAAAUGUAACCAGAUGGUGACUGAGAAACUAUGGAUAGACCCAUGGCAUUUUAAUUUCAUACAAGAACUAGUUGUGUCUCUUUUAUUUUUGCUCUAACUUCACUGGAGUGCUAAUCACCUCAAGUUUAAGUGGCUGGCCCUCUGAAAUCCCAAGAUUUGGUGAGGCCAAGUUCACACUAUUUCCAUCCAGGUCACUAUUGUGGCAGGGAAACUCUUACAGGAAUAGCAUUUACAUAUGUGUUAAAGUGACUAAGCCAAAUUGCCUGCGUGGGGAUGAAAAGGAGGUGUGAAACACACCUACACAGGUUUUGCGCAUUCAUUCUUGCUUCUACUCGAUUUUCUCGCUUCAGGUUUUUCUUUCAAAUAAAGUGGUGCUCUAAUUGCAUAGG